AGUUUUUUUGACUUGUUUUUCGCGCCUUUUUUUUUUUUUUUCCCCAUCUUUUUCUUCGUUUCCCCCCCCCCCUCCUCCUCCCGCUCCCUUCCUUUCCAACGCAACAAUGUCCACCGCGGCCGCACCUAAAACUGAAAAGCAGUGGUUGAGUCUCUCUGCUAAUCAACUGCGCAACGAGCUCACCAAGCGCGGUCUCGCAUCUGACGGCUUCAAGAAGGACAUGGUGGUACGUCUCGUGGCUCAUGACGCGGGGCAGCAGCAGCAGCAGCAGCCGCAGCAGCAGCCGCAGCAACAGAAACAGAACUCCGCCUCAUACGCUGCCGUCACCUCCUCGUCUUCAACCUCCUCGUCUUCAGCAGCAGCACUCUCAUCUUCAUCAGCAGCAGCAGCACCAUCAGCAGCAGCGUUGCUCUCAACAACAGCACCGCCGCUAGCAACAGCGGCAGCACCAGUAUCCUCAUCUUCUGCUCCAACAGUGCCGUCGUCCUCAUCUUCUGCUGCAGCAGCCCAGCCGCCAUUCGUGCCACCGCUUCGGCCAGCUCAAGGCACCACAUUCACUGUUUCCAGUGCGGACUUGGAUGGCCUCACUGUUCCGGACGAGAUCAAGGCGCUAUUGGAUACGCAUGGCAAGAGCGUCGAAUUGCUCGAUCGCAACAUUUCAGGUGACUUUUUCCAACUUCUGUUAACAUCAGACGAAGCACCCAGGCCUCACUACCUCACCGGUGUUGGCGGCGUCGGCAAAAGCAGUAUUCUGCUGAUGCUGGCCGUGCUGGCGAUGAAACACAACAGGGCCUUCUUCGAGCGAUACGCCGCUCCUGCUCCUGCUCCUGCUCCUGCUCCUGCUCCUGCUCCUGCUUCUGCUGCUACCCCAUUCGAUGGUGUCAUUUUCCUCAUCUACCUACCCGAGACUGCUGCGUUCGUUGGACAACAACCUGAGGUCGCGGCUUCCCAACUGAUCGAAAGGUUGCGGAUCGCGAACGCCCGUCUGUUGAGCUCUCGUCUGCUCGAUGAGCCCGCGUUUCGGAAACUCAAGGCGGCUUUUGUCGAAGAGGAUGAUGGGCCCUCACUCGACCAAUGGGUUCGCAUCAAUGCAGCACUGCAAGGCCUCGAGUCCAAAAGGCACCGAUUCCGCACCCUCGUCCUUGUCGACCAGUGGAAUUCGAUCGUUUACUCGCAACCCCCUCCCGUUGGCCACAAGAACAAGGAGGCAUACCAUCCUGCUCAAGACUUCUACAGGCUCAGCACACGCUUCGGUUUCUCGCUUUUCGUUGCUGCAGUCAGUUCCUCGUUCAACAUGGGCUCAGACAGCGCUUUCAGCGACGCGCAAGUUGGUGGAGCACAACAGCCAAUCGAAUCCCUGACUGAUGAAGAAGCCGAAACGUUGCGCGCGAUCUGGUGGCACCGCAAUCCAUCUUUGAAACUCACCGCCGCCAGUAUGAAAGAGCUUCACCUGAAGGUCGGUGGCGUCGCGCGCAUUUUGCAGUAUUAUGCAACAUCCCGGUCCCACAAGAAUCCAGAAGCAGAGUUUCGCCGACUGUGCGAGCAAUAUUACGACAACCGACUCAAACGUCUUAUUGAGCGCUUUCGUCGCACAGACGAAUUCACCAGUUUUGUGUGCGACCUCGCCACGAUCUUUGCGCGGACAAGCAUCCCCGAGAAGACACCCGAGGUUUGGGUGCAGACCGGCAUGGUGAAGCAAGAUCCAACUGAUCAAAGCCAACUCGUCCCGGUCAGCGAUCUGGUUCGCGCCGCGGCUGUGAGGCGCUUCAACGCCGAGCGAGCCGGCCUGAUGCGCAUUGUGUUUGCAAACCAAUCCACGACUUGGAGCGCGCUCGAGAUUUUCGUCCUCUCCUGCCUUCAGUACAAGCAUCAAACGUUGAAGGGGACAGACUUGUCAGACGAGGCGGUCCUGACGCUUACCACCUCUGUCGACAACGUGCAUGUGCUCGACCGGUCAAUCAUGAAUCUUGGCGCGGACGGCUAUCUUACAUCUCACCACGGCGCUCUACCGUUUCCGGUCGGCACGCUGCUCAUUCCUGGCUGGGCCACUCAUCCCGUUGCCGACGCUGUCUUGUUGACGCGUCAAAACGAUGGCUCCGAAGCCUUGAUCUUUUUCCAGAUCAGCAAAUCCUCAUACGCGAAGCACGACACCAAACUGCCCGACUUGGCUUCCAAGCAACUCGGCAGCGCGUCCGUUCUGGAGGUGUAUCGCGAGCUGUUUGGUCUCGCCGGAAAUCAGGCCUACGACACGCCAGACAUUGCUCAAGGCAAGCUCAGCGGUACCCUUGUCAAGUAUGUUUACGCCACUUUGGCACAGAAACCUCAGGAAGAUGAGGGCGAGAGAAAAAAAGGAAAGAAAAAACAGGCCAAAAAAGAACAGGACGAUGUUUUUCUGAUGCGCCAGGAGCAUAUCAAAGAGCUGGACUCCAAAGCAUGGGCCGCCAUGGCCGGGGCCAAGCCUUAAAUCUCCGGCAUUUCUGCGCUUUUCUUGUGUGUAAC